AGUUGUCGUAGCGAGUUAUGUUUUGUGGUUGUCAUAUCUUAUUUUGAUAUCCAUGGUACGUGAAAAAAAACAUCCGUAUAAUUUUCCUUAAUUAGGAGCAUAGUUAUCCUACAAUUUAAAGAAAAUAGAUGUGAUCCCAAAAUAUUCAACAUAUGUUCUAUAUAGAACGUAGCAAGUGAGUAAUCUUUCUGGAGAAUUCCAAAUUUGGGGGAGUAUUCUUAAAAUGACCUCCCACAUACACAUUUUCCUUUAAGCACUACUUUCAUGCAAAACUGCGCUGUGAUUCAUUGGAAACUGUUCAGCAUUUUACGCCUAAAGCAAUUGUAUAACAAAUCUCACAGUUAAGCUGCAACAAUGAAGAAUGGGCCCAUAGAGAAUAAAGAAGUGAAUGUUUUCAAUUUGGUGUUGAGCUUGAGGCAGGAAAAACUGCUGGUCAGGAAUGAAAGAACCAUCAUCCAGGAGCUAAACGAUGCAGUAAGGAAUAAAACAGCGUUGAUCAUACGAUCAGCAUGGCUCACUAAUAAACAGAAGUUGCUACUUUAUCAAAGAGACAUAUCGACACAAAAUUAUCAAAAAGUAGACCAUCUGCUUAACUCCCAGUUUAUAGAUGCCAAACAAGUGAUUGGAUUCCCAAAUGCUGUCAAGCUAGGCAAUUUUUUGCAACUGUUAAGGUCCAGACCAGUACAGUUGGCAAAAUGGCUCAUUCAUGGAGAACAGCUCUCAGAAGAUCCUCACAGAUAUUCAGCUGCCUUGGAGACCAUAGUUAUAAGCCUUUAUGGCAGCCUUCUCUUCCCAGAAGAUGUGAAACACAUGUUGGCUCUGCUGUAUGAACUUGCAAAAUUGCAGUUGGUCAACUGUGAAGAUCCAAUACGAGUGCUGAAGCAGAGGGUUUGUUCAUUCAAGCAGCUAUAUUUCUUAUUCCAUGAAAUACUGCAGCCAGCAAAAUACUUUUUAAGUGCCACUUUGGAAAUACCAAUAAUUCAAAUGAUGUCUUGCAAUGACUUCUAUUUGGAUAUUGAUCCAGAUAAGAGCUUGAUGAGGUAUAACUCGAAUGAAAACGAAAUACAAAGUGUAUUUCAAACUGCUGAAGAAUUUCGAAUGGAAGUAGCAAAUAGGCUCAUACAUUUCGCGAAUAUCUUCAUGAACAAUUUGUUGGAAAAUGUUUACAGUUUUCCGAAACCCUUGUCCUGGAUUGUUAGUCGUGUUUCAAAAAUCGUAGAAAAAUCAUUCAAUUCCAAGCAGGCGAAUGCUGUUACCACAGAACUAAUCUUUAAUGAGUACGUCUGUCCAAUGAUUAUCGAUCCUGAACUGUACGGAAUCUGCACCUCUCAGGUCACAGAAAUAGCAAGACAUAACCUUAUUCAAGUUGGUCAGAUUUUACGAAGUUUGGCGUUGAGCAAGUUUGAACCACUGGAUCCAAAAUUUUCGGAUGUUUUUGGUGAGCUGAACAAGAACAAAAUGUUAGACUUCAUGCAGCUGCUUUUUUUCGAUUUGGAUAAAGAGGAACCGCCCGUCGAUUCAUUUCCGGUGAUCAUGCGUCACAUGAUGAUGUUCGCUGAACAAGAGCUUACUAAUUUUGUCUCAUUAUUGCAAAAGAUUCACGCCACAGAAAGUCAGAACGACAAUUUUAUGAAGGAUCCGGAAAUUGAAGAGCAGCUAGCUACACUUUCUUUGUCUUCAAGGGACAACUCGCCUAAAUCUAAUCACAACCAUAAUAAUGUAAACGGCGAUGAUGUUCCUCUGAAGAUAUCGACUUUGUUUUCCUUAGGGCAUAGGAACAAUUUAACGAGAUCAAUAUCAACUGAUUUGAAAGCAAGUACAUCUACCAAUGACGUAAAACCUACCAAUUCUAACAUGGUACUGAUCUUCCCCAUUGAUCAAAUUCAGUUGGAUCCUAUUGGUAUGUUACCAGAAGAAAAAGUUGUUGAUCUAACUGUUCCAUUGAAGAAUGGAGAUAUUUUUGAGGCAUCGUCACCAAAGGAGACACCUCCGCUGCCUUCCACUCCAUCCCGUCCCCCGCGACCACCGGAAGAAGACCGAGGCAAGUCCUUGUGCUUCGCCGAAGAGGGUUCCACCGGCAACACCUCGGACAUCUUGGAAGCAACAUCCGAAGCAGCCAGCAACCAUUCGGCGGACAGCAGCAUCGAGCUGGAGAAUGACAACCUGUCGGACAUGGUAUCCGCCAACGUGUCGGGCAGAGGGACGCCCAACAUAUCCGGUAGGGAUACUCCUAGCUCGCAGGUGUGCGAGAACGAGGAUAGGGCGAACGUUGAGGCUAGGCAAGAGAACGUAGUUCAGCCACAACCAAGCAACAUAACCCGUCAAAUUCGAUCCGAAAUCGACGACAAAUUUUGCAAAUUCGAAAUCAAAAAGUUGCUGGAAGGUGACGAGACCAUCUCCAUUAUUUCGGAAACUUGGAGUACAGACGUUUUGGCUUCUGAUAAUGAGACGAUUGACGCUGGCGAUAGCAGACAUGAGAGACAGAGUCUCCAGCUAAUCGACGAGGUUGUACAGGAGGCUCCUGCUCCAGUAGAUCUUUUAGAAACACAAAGUGAAAGUGCUUGGUCUACAGAUGUGAUGGCUUCUGAUACAGAGCGUUCUACAACAGAAGUUGAUAACGAUGACGUAGCCAGUGUUGCGCAGUCAGAUGACACGAACAGUGUUGCCAGAUCUGAUGAUAGAUCUGAAACUGAUGGAGACUUUGGUAUUAUGAGAAGGCUUUCUACUCCCUCAAACUACUAUAACGCCCAAGCCACUAACAACUUUGUGGCUAGCACUCAAGGGCAGACUAACAAUAACUAUAGUGCAAACAAUCUGUCGAGUCCAUAUUUUGUUAACCUGGCUACUCAUGCUGCAAAUAACAAAAAGUACGGCGGGUCCAGUCUUCAAGAGUAUAAAGUUGAUGCAAGAGUGAACGGUAAGGUAUACCAAAUGGAGCAGCCUUUAAACAACAACAUCAUCGACAACUCGCUAGCCGAGUCGGACGAAACGAAAACCACCAGCUCCAACAAAUCUUCGUCAGCCACGACCGUCAAUACUCAAAUUCAAAAGUCCCCUAUAAGAACCGUUGAUGAUGUCGCUGCCGGUCCCAGCGGGCUCGCCAAGAGGUCGACCAGUCUUGUGGAGGGAGACGCGGAAUACCUGAAGCAGAAUCACAUCAAGGAUCGACAGAACGAGAUACUUUUAAGCAACUGCAGUCUGAAUUCCAGCUCUAGCGGGUCCAGCAGCCACAGCCUGGAGGUCAAAGUGUUGAAGAAUGAGAAUUCAGAAAGAUGGGAGAGCAAGCAAUGGCUGAACAGCUCCGGCAGCAGUCUGAACGUGACAUUGACACCGUCCGAGAGCGCCAGUGAGCUGUCAAUUUUGAGCAGUAACGAUCGAACGAAGGCUCAAAGGCCUCCUCUGCAACCAACGGCAAAGAAAGCAGCAGUUGCUGGUACUUGUUUGAAGCCGUCUGCUUCCACAGGAGCCAUACCCAAGAGCAUCAGCUUCGACAUGAGUGCUGACAAAGGUUUGGAUGAAGAUGGAAGCCGUUCAAAAAGAGGUGGCUUUUUUGGAAAGUUACGUAUGGGUUUCAGAAAUAAACGAGGAAAGUCUUUCAGAAACCAAGAUGAUUACAGAUUAGAUGGGCUGGACGAAUGUGGGACAAACAAAAGAAGAUCUGAAUCUCCCGUCAAAAAUGAUAAUGAAGUGUCAUCUGAAGACAUUUUAGCUAAGUAUAGAUCUAAAUCGUUCGCAGAGAAUUCAUCUGUAAAAGAAAACUGUGAUUCAAGGAAACAAUCUGCGAAGAGUCAGAAUGUAGAUAUUAGCGGUAGCGAAGAACAAAAUAGCUUUAAUGACAUAAAGAAUAAGUUACGAUUAGUUUUAAGUAAUACGUCGGAAAUUCCACAUUAUGUUAAGAAUGAUCCUAUUAGCAUUAAGAACAAAAUCGAGACGAUGCUACGUCUUGAACUGGGCAAGGCUCGACGCCUCCGCCAGUGGUCUAACGUUGCGCGCAUCCAGGAGGCGAUCAGAUGCGUCAACCUUUUGAACGACAGUAGUUGCCUUAAGUUGAUCAACUCCAUGAACGAGGACAUGGCGCUCCGAUCAGCCUAUUUGCGCUAUCUGGUUGCUUCUAAACAGCAGCUUUUCAUUUGCAAUAACUAUCUUGAUAGCUUGAGAGACCAGAUAGCCCAUGACAAAAACCAAUGCGAUGAGUAUUUAGCUGCUUUAUGUGUAAGAGAAUUUUUAUCCCAGCAAGAAGUUGCUGUUUUAGAGUUUUGUCGAGAAUUUAAACAGUUGAAUUUAGCAGAUGAAAAGUGUGAUUUCCUAGAGAAUUUCUAUGAUAAGCUUUACCUAAUUAUGAAUGGAAGUCCUUUCUGGAAUGAUGUAUUCACCAAGAGAGAGAACAUAAUCAAACUGACAUUGGAACGGUUUAUUAUGAGCAAAACAUACAAAAACUCAAUAUAUCCAAACGGAGAUGGGGAUAAAGAUAGAGAUAGGGUCCUCCACCAGCACAUUGACAAACUCUCCCGCACAGUAACCCCGGAACACAAGGAUCUGCUGAUAGACCGCGUGUAUUUACGCGAGGCCCCAUGGCUACCCGCUCAGGACGCACUCAGAGCCUUAUCUGCCUGUCGCACGCCUAGGGACAAGGUGAAGUGUGUCGCACACUGCGCCAAAUGCAUCAUGGACCUGUUGGGGCUGUCGCAGGCAAACGGCGUAGCGGCCACCGCUGACGAUUUCACGCCAGUUCUGGUCUACGUCAUCAUCAAGGUGAAUCCCGAUGACCUAUUGUCCACGAUCCAAUACGUAAACAGCUUUUUCCAAAGCCAACUCUCAGGGGAGGAGCUUUAUUGGUGGACACAGUUUUGUGCUGCGGUAGAAUACAUCAAAACCAUGGACUAUUCCGACUGACAUUGGCCGAUCCCUUACCCCUUAUAAUAUUAUUUAAUUUGUACCUACUAUAAAGUGUAUUUAUGUAUUUUUAUUAACUUGUUAGUUUAUGCAGAAUUUAUAUUUUAAAUAAAAAUGUUAUUUUCUUCAGAUGGCCUAGA